UUGGUGAAACGGGCAUUAGUUCUUCAUCAACCUAACAUUAGAGUCCCGUAUUUGUGGCUUUUUCUUUUCAGACAUCAACCUUCCAUUCUUUUUGAACCCCCUGCGGAGGAUGGAGUGGAAAACACCGGUGCAGUAGAUCAAGAAAGCCUGGCUCAUCCUCAGUGGCAUUGCGAAGGUCCGGCUGCAGCAACGAAGACGCUGGUAAUACAUAAUGGUGACACCGCCUUGCAUUACAGUUCCGCUGAAGGAGAUCACCCAGAAAGGCCAGAAAGGACUGUGCAAAUAAUGGACGAGUUGGAAAAGCGUGGCUUGACCUCUAAGUGUGAUGUUCGUGAGAACAAGAGAUCAGCAACAGAUGAAGAGCUUGAAGCGGUGCACGAAAGGCCUUAUAUUCGACGCAUGAAGAGUACUGCUGAGAUGUCGGAAGCCGAAUUACAUGUGGUUGAAAAUGGCUUGAACUCGAUUUUUCUUGCUCGCGACACUUUCCAUAUUGCAAGCAGUGCGGCCGGAGCAGUUCUUGAGGGCGUUUUUCGUUAA